AUGUGCACAGUCAAAGAGUUGACUCUCACCUCAGCUCCACACAGCACUCAAUGUAAAGUCACACACAAUAGUCCAGCCUUAGUAUUCAGUGCAGGAGGGUACACUGGAAACUUCUUCCAUGAUUUCAGUGAUGGGUUUGUUCCCCUCUUCAUCACCAUCAAUUCUCUCUUCUACAAUCAAGAUGUCAUACUUGUGAUCUCUGAUUGCAAUGAUUUAUGGUGGCCCCAAAAGUAUGCUGAAAUUCUUGCUCAAUUCAGUCACUAUCCAAUCAUUGAUGUCAAGAAAGAGAGAGUCACACAUUGCUUCCCAUCGGCAAUCAUAGGGCUAAUAAAACAUGGGCCCAUGACUGUGGAUCCCACAUUACUACCUCACCACCCAAAAUCCCUCACUGAUUUUCGAAUUUUCCUAGAAAAUUCAUACAAGAAAAAAGGUGGUGAUGAUGUGCUAAUUAUAUCUUAUAAUAGGCCACAACUUGUGUUUGUAAUUCGAAAACUUGAUGUGGGUAGAGCAAUUUUAAACAAAAAAGAAGUUAUAAAGGCAAUUGAGGAAGUGGGGUUUGAUGUAAAUGUUCUUGACCCAACAACAACACACACAUCUAUGGCUAAGGCAUUUAAGCUAGUUCACUCUAGCCAUGCAAUGUUGGGGGUUCAUGGUGCAGGACUAACACAUAUGUUGUUCCUAAGGCCAAGGGCAGUGUUGGUGCAAGUGGUGCCAAUUGGGUUAGAUUUGCCUUCAAAUAUUAGUUUUAAAGGGCCAGCAAAGAAUUUGGGAUUGGAGUACAUGGACUACAAGGUAAAAACAAAAGAAAGUAGCUUAGCUGAAAUAUAUGGGACUAAUGACUUGGUGCUAGAGAAUCCAGAUGCUUAUGUUAAUGGGAAUUAUAGUAAUAUGAGGGUAUACAUGAGGACCCAAAAUUUGAAGCUUGAUAUUGUGAGGUUUAAGAGAUACUUGGUGAAGGUAUACAAGGAGGCUAAGAAAUUCAUGGACAUGGAAAAUUAG